AUGGCGAGCAUUGAGUCGGAUCCCGGCAGUUCCAGCCGACAGGCUCCUCCUACCAAGAAGGAUAAUAUCGAGACCCAGGCGGUUGAUGUCGAAGCAGACUUGGCCGAUGAAGAUGACGCCCUAUACAAGGCCGCAAAGACAACAGAUAAGAAGGAAUUGACUCCAGUCGAGGCGUUCAAGUGGAAUGUCGACGGAGAUGAAUCGCCAUUCCCCGAAGUCGCAGCAUGUGUGGCCAAUACAGACGAUCCGACGAUCGCGUGCAACACUGUUCGCGCAUGGAUUCUCACCACCAUUUUUGUGAUGCUCUUUUCGGGUGCCAACCAAUUCUUUGGUUUGCGAUAUCCCUCCCUCUCGAUCGGAUAUGUCGUCGCGCAGAUUCUCGUCUUCCCAAUUGGUCGCGCAUGGGAGAAGCUGCCUCGAUGGAGAGUGCCAUUGGGGAAAUUCACGUUCGACGUCAACCCAGGCAAAUUUACUGUCAAGGAACAUGCUUUGAUUGCUAUUUGUGUCAACAUCAGUGGCAGCAUUGCCUAUGCGUCAGGCUCGUUGGUGGCCAUCACCAGCCCCGUCUUUUGGGAUCAUGAUUUUGGCGCUGGCUUUUCGUUCCUCUAUCUUUUAACGACGCAGAUGCUGGGAUUCGGCCUUGCUGGUCUUGCUCGUCGAUGGCUCGUUUAUCCUGCCGCCUUGAUUUGGCCAUCCUCUCUAUCCUCGACUGUUCUAUUUCGCGCUCUCCAUGAACCGCAGGACAAUUCUCCCGCUAAUGGAUGGAGCAUCACCAGAUAUCGCUUCUUUGUAUAUUUCUGCCUCUUCGCUUUCGUCCUUUUCUGGUUCCCAGAUUAUAUCUGGACGAGCUUGAGCACGUUUGCCUUUGUGACCUGGCUUGCGCCUCACAACCAAAAGGUCAACACUAUCUUCGGAAUGAACUCAGGCCUUGGAUUAUUGCCGAUCAGCUUCGACUGGACGCAGAUUAACUAUGCGGGAUUUCCUCUCAUGACGCCGUUUUAUAUCACUUGCAAUGUGUUUGCGGUUGUUGUGUUGUUUUAUCUCUUUCUAUCGCCGAUUCUAUACUAUACCAACGUGUGGAAUAGUGCAUACCUCCCCCUUUUAUCAUCAGGCACAUUCGACAACACCGGCUCUUCCUACAACGUCUCCCGCGUCGUUGAUUCCAACCUCAACUUCGUCUUGGAGAAAUACCAGUCCUACUCCCCCAUGUACAUCUCCAUGUCAUACAGCCUCACCUACGGCCUCUCCUUUGCAGCCGUCACCUCCGUCUUCGUCCACACAUACCUCUACAACGGCGGUGAAAUCUGGGCGAAACUGAAAAACUCCCGCCACGGCGGCGAAGACAUCCACCGUCGCCUGAUGCACGCGUACAAAGAAGUCCCGGACUGGUGGUAUGGUCUUCUUACUCUCGUCGUGGUGGGUUUGGGUAUUUUCACCGUGCGAUAUUGGGAUUCCGGAUUACCGGUUUGGGGGUUCAUUGUCGUAUGUUUCGGUAUGGGCGUUGUGUUUAUCGUGCCAGAAGGCAUUCUGGAGGGAACGACGAAUCAGCGGAUUUUCUUGAAUAUCAUCACCGAGUUUAUUGCGGGUUAUGCGUGGCCGGGAAAGCCGAUUGCCAAUAUGAUGGUCAAGUUUUACGGGUAUAAUUCUGUGAAGCAUGGGAUGGACUUUGCGCAGGAUUUGAAGCUGGGACAGUACAUGAAAAUUCCUCCUCGCGUCCUCUUCUUCGGACAGAUCUAUUCGAGUGUUCUGGCGACAAUGACACAGACUGGCGUUCUUCGAUGGAUGAUGGGCCACAUUCCCGAUCUAUGCAAGUCGACGAAUAAAAAUCGCUUCACCUGCAAUGGCUCCAAGGUUGUCUACAACGCGUCGAUCAUCUGGGGAACCAUCGGUCCGCAGAGAAUGUUCCAGUCGGGACAGGUCUAUAACAGUCUCGUGUAUUUCUUCCUCAUCGGGCCUGUUGUCACCGUGUUGGUCUGGCUGGUCUAUCGCAAAUACCCCAACAGCUGGGUUCGAUACAUCAACGUCCCCAUCUUCUUCAACGGCGCAGGAAAUAUUCCUCCUGCCAAUACCACUCAAUACUCGCUCAUGUUUAUUUUCGGCUUCAUCUUCAACCAUCUCAUUCGAAACCGCGCUCUGGAUUGGUGGAAGCGAUAUAACUACCUCCUCCAAGCAGCAAUGGACACCGGAACUGCCAUCGCGACCAUCAUCAUCUUCUUCGCGCUGAGCUAUAAUAACAUUAGUCUGAAAUGGUGGGGUAAUACAGUCGGAUCCAACACGGAUGAUUCGAAUUCGGUGCCGUGGCUGACAGUGCCGGAUGGGGGGCAUUUUGGGAAGGGGCCGGGUGAGUUCUGA